AGGCACACAAAGAAGAAAACAACACUAGAACAAAGAGAGUUUGAUUGAUUCACUUGAAAAAAGAGAAAACACAGCUUUGGAAAAUGGAGUCGCAGUUGACACGUCCUUAUGGUCAUGAGCAAGUAGAAGAACCAAUCAGAAUUCACCAUCCAGAGGAAGAAGAGCAUCAUGAGAAGGGAGCAUCUAAAGUGUUGAAGAAAGUAAAGGAAAAAGCUAAGAAGAUCAAGAACAGUCUCACUAAACAUGGCAAUGGUCAUGAUCGCGAUGUUGAAGAAGAAGAUGAUGAGUAUGACGAGCAAGACCCAGAAGUGCACGCAGCACCAGUGUAUGAAUCCUCUGCCGUGAGAGGUGGUGUAACGGGUAAACCUGAGUCUUUAAGUCAUACCGGAGAAACUAAUGUCCCGGCACCGGAGGAGAUUGUUCCUCCAGGGACAAAGGUUUUUCCUGUCGUGUCUUCCGAGCACACCAAACCCAUUGAGCCUGUUUCAUUACAAGAUACCUCUUACGGACAUGAGGCACUGUCUGCUCCAGGAGGAGGUUCGGAUUAUCUUAGUGGUGUAUCUAAUUAUCAGUCCAAAGUUACUGAUCCCACGCAUAAAGGUGGAGAAGCUGGAGUACCAGAGAUUGCUGAGUCUCUUAGUCGGAUGAAAGUGACUGAUGAGUCUCCUGAUCAGAAAUCAAGACAAGGAUUUGGAGAAGACUUACCGACGAGAAGCCAAGAAUUUGGUCUGAAGAACGAAUCUGAUAUCAGCAAGGAUUCUCCGGCAAGACUUGGAGGAGAAUCAAGAGCUGGUCUCGGGGAAGAUUUUCAGAGAAGAAGUGAUGAUGUGAAAGCAGAGACUGGGUUGGGAAGAGACUUACCGACCGGAACUCAUGAUCAGUUCUCACCGGAACUAUCUCGUCCUAAAGAGAGAGAUGAGACGAAACAGGAGACGAAACCGAGAACCUACACAGAGCAGUUAGCUUCAGCUACAUCAGCCAUAACCAACAAAGCUAUAGCGGCGAAGAACGUCGUCGCCUCAAAGCUAGGUUACUCCGGAGAAAGCGGCGGCGGGCAAUACGAAAGCGCUGUAAAGGAUGAAACUCCGAGGUCUGCUACGGGUUACGGGCAGAAAGUGGCGGGAACUGUUGCUGAGAAGUUGACUCCGGUCUACGAAAAGGUCAAAGAAACAGGAUCAGCGGUGAUGACGAAACUUCCUCUCUCCGGAGGUGGAAGUGGAGUGAAGGAGACGCAACAAGGGGAAGAGAAAGGUGUGUCGACUAGAGAUUAUCUAUCGGAGAAGCUGAGACCUGGAGAAGAAGACAAAGCCUUAUCUGAGGUGAUAGCUGAGAAACUUCAUUUUGGAGGAGGAGGAGAGAAGAAGUCAACGGCCACAAAGGAGGUGGAAGUGACGGUGGAGAAGAUACCUUCUGACCAGAUAUCGAAGGGGAAAGAACAUGGUGAGGCGGUUGCUGAGGAAGGGAAAGAAGGAGAAGGAAUGUUAGGGAAAGUUAAAGGAGCGGUCACUUCUUGGCUCGGUGGUAAGCCGAAAUCGCCACAUUCAGUUGAAGAGUCUCCACAAUCACUUGGCACCACCGUUGGGACUAUGGGGUUUACGGAUUCCAGUGGAAGUGAGUUGGCUGGUACUGGCGGAGCUAAGGGAGUUCAAGAUUCUGGGAACUGAAGAUUUGGUGUUUUGCUUUUGAAUGUUUGUGUUUUUGUAUGAUACUUCUCUGUUUGUAACUUUGAUGUAUUUUGGUGUUUGUGUGAAAUAGAGAUUGGGUUGAUAA